AUGUUAGCUAUCCAGGCAGGUUCACGUGCUAUCAGACUACGUAACGGUACAACGCAAUUACAGGGGCGUGUUGAAGUACUUCACAAUGGAACAUGGGGUACUGUCUGUGGGGAUGGUAUAGACACAAACUUUGCCAAAGUCGUGUGUCGACAGCUCGAUUAUGCAACUCACAAUGUGACGUUACGUUCACAUGCCUAUUUCGGUGCAGGUAGUGGCGAGAUUUGGCUGGACAAUGUUACUUGUCAAGGAAACGAGACUGUGAUCGACUUGUGUAUGUUCAGCCAAUGGGGUCAGCACAGCUGCGGACAUACAGAAGAUGUCGGAGUUAUAUGUAGUGCAAGUUCUAUAAGACUACAUAACGGUGCAACGCAAUUGGAGGGUCGUGUUGAAGUAUUCCACAAUGGAACAUGGGGUACGAUCUGUGGCUAUGCAAUAAACAUUAACUUUGCCAAAGUCGUGUGUCGACAGCUCGGAUAUGAUACUGAUAAUGUGGCGGUACUUUUGAAUGCCUAUUUCGGUGCAGGUAGUGGUCAGAUUUGGCUGGAGCAGGUUACUUGUCAAGGAAACGAGACUGUGAUCAAUUUGUGUAUGUUCAGACCAUGGGGACAGCAUUACUGUGGACAUUAUCAAGAUGUCGGAGUUAUUUGUAAAGCGUGCUCUGUACCGGACGUAAACGAUGCUUCCAAAGAUUCUGGGGCAGCGAUUGCUUACAACACGACCGUUACAUACACAUGUGCAGUAGGUCAAAUCCAUACUAAUGGCGAUUUAGUAAGGACAUGUCAAGCUGACGGCCAAUUGGAUGGUAUUUCUCCAACUUGUACUCGAGGUUCACGUGCUAUCAGACUACGUAACGGUACAACGCAAUUACAGGGGCGUGUUGAAGUACUUCACAAUGGAACAUGGGGUACUGUCUGUGGGGAUGGUAUAGACACAAACUUUGCCAAAGUCGUGUGUCGACAGCUCGAUUAUGCAACUCACAAUGUGACGUUACGUUCACAUGCCUAUUUCGGUGCAGGUAGUGGCGAGAUUUGGCUGGACAAUGUUACUUGUCAAGGAAACGAGACUGUGAUCGACUUGUGUAUGUUCAGCCAAUGGGGUCAGCACAGCUGCGGACAUACAGAAGAUGUCGGAGUUAUAUGUAGUGCAAGUUCUAUAAGACUACAUAACGGUGCAACGCAAUUGGAGGGUCGUGUUGAAGUAUUCCACAAUGGAACAUGGGGUACGAUCUGUGGCUAUGCAAUAAACAUUAACUUUGCCAAAGUCGUGUGUCGACAGCUCGGAUAUGAUACUGAUAAUGUGGCGGUACUUUUGAAUGCCUAUUUCGGUGCAGGUAGUGGUCAGAUUUGGCUGGAGCAGGUUACUUGUCAAGGAAACGAGACUGUGAUCAAUUUGUGUAUGUUCAGACCAUGGGGACAGCAUUACUGUGGACAUUAUCAAGAUGUCGGAGUUAUUUGUAAAGCGUGCUCUGUACCGGACGUAAACGAUGCUUCCAAAGAUUCUGGGGCAGCGAUUGCUUACAACACGACCGUUACAUACACAUGUGCAGUAGGUCAAAUCCAUACUAAUGGCGAUUUAGUAAGGACAUGUCAAGCUGACGGCCAAUUGGAUGGUAUUUCUCCAACUUGUACUCGAGGUUCACGUGCUAUCAGACUACGUAACGGUACAACGCAAUUACAGGGGCGUGUUGAAGUACUUCACAAUGGAACAUGGGGUACUGUCUGUGGGGAUGGUAUAGACACAAACUUUGCCAAAGUCGUGUGUCGACAGCUCGAUUAUGCAACUCACAAUGUGACGUUACGUUCACAUGCCUAUUUCGGUGCAGGUAGUGGCGAGAUUUGGCUGGACAAUGUUACUUGUCAAGGAAACGAGACUGUGAUCGACUUGUGUAUGUUCAGCCAAUGGGGUCAGCACAGCUGCGGACAUACAGAAGAUGUCGGAGUUAUAUGUAGUGCAAGUUCUAUAAGACUACAUAACGGUGCAACGCAAUUGGAGGGUCGUGUUGAAGUAUUCCACAAUGGAACAUGGGGUACGAUCUGUGGCUAUGCAAUAAACAUUAACUUUGCCAAAGUCGUGUGUCGACAGCUCGGAUAUGAUACUGAUAAUGUGGCGGUACUUUUGAAUGCCUAUUUCGGUGCAGGUAGUGGUCAGAUUUGGCUGGAGCAGGUUACUUGUCAAGGAAACGAGACUGUGAUCAAUUUGUGUAUGUUCAGGACCAUGGGGACAGCAUUACUGUGGACAUUAUCAAGAUGUCGGAGUUAUUUGUAG